CACGCCAUGGGAGCCGUGACUGACGACGAAGUCAUACGGAAGCGCCUCCUAAUUGAUGGAGACGGUGCUGGAGAUGAUCGGAGAAUCAAUCUGCUAGUGAAAAGUUUCAUUAAAUGGUGCAACUCUGGGUCCCAGGAAGAGGGAUACAGCCAGUACCAACGUAUGCUGAGCACGCUGUCCCAAUGUGAAUUUUCAAUGGGGAAAACUUUGCUGGUAUAUGAUAUGAAUCUCAGAGAAAUGAAAAAUUAUGAAAAAAUUUACAAAGAAAUAGAAUGUAGCAUUGCAGGAGCACAUGAAAAAAUUGCUGAGUGCAAAAAGCAAAUUCUUCAAGCAAAACGAAUACGAAAAAAUCGCCAAGAAUAUGAUGCUUUGGCAAAAUUGAUCCAGCAUCAUCCAGACAGACAUGAGACACUAAAGGAACUAGAGUCUCUGGGAAAAGAACUGGAGCAUCUUUCACAUAUUAAAGAAAGUGUGGAAGAUAAGCUGGAACUGAGACGGAAACAGUUUCACGUUCUACUUAGUACCAUCCACGAACUUCAGCAAAUGCUGGAAAAUGAUGAAAAGCUCUCCGAAGUAGAAGAAGCUCAAGAAACCAGCAUGGAAACAGACUCCAAGCCAUAGACAGGCUAAUGGUUCACCAUUCCCAAGAAUACGGAAGUUACAACAUGCUCACUGUGUUUGGAACUUGUUGUACUCUUGAGAUUUAAAGUUUUGGCAGUGAACUACUUUCCUUUUAAAUGUUAAUGCCCAGUUCAUUCCGAUUUCUUUACACAAAGGAAAAAGACUUUAAUAUCGAUUUGUUUGUAUUGAAAUGCCUUUUUUAUUCUUGAAAGGUAGGAAGCAACAUCCCAAAAGGUUUCAUAGAAUGUUUUCAAGCCAGAUAUGUUUUGUGCUCAGUAGUGUUGUAGGUAGUUUUUAACUGGUAACACUGAUUGGCUUAUAAACUAAGUUGAAGGUUGUGAGAAAGCGGCAUUUCCAGGAUGUGGGUGAGAAAAUGAGUCAAUCUGGAAAUUGUUACCACUUUUGAAAAUGGAGUUCAUGAAUAGGCUUCAAGAGGGCUGCAAAUUUGUGAAAUUAUGUUCAAAAUAGGGGUAGCGUAUGCUCAUUUGGGGAGAAGUUGCAUGAUACUAACAAUCGGUGGUGUAAGAGGUAAUUGUAAGAUGAAAGUAAAUCAACAUGCAUUGCUUUCUAGAUCUCUCUCCUCAACACUUGAGCAAUGUGGUUAUAAAAUGUUUUGUUAAUAUGUUUUCUCCUACUGUUUCAUUAUGUAGGGGUCAUUUUCAGCAGAAAAAAAAAAUUGAUAAAGAAAAAGUUGUCUCAGAAAAACAGUCUGUUAAGAUGGUCUUGCAUAAAGGAUUUCAUCAUCUUAAAAAUUAA